ACUAAGAUUAUUAAACAAUAAUUCUUUUGUUUGUAAACAAUCGAAUAGAUCAACAGGUUGCGGAAUUGAAUUCGAGCUGAAUAUAUACAAUGUGGAAUAAUUCUGUAGUUUGCAGCAAUCGAAUUAAUGGAAAGCAGGAAUUCUUCAGAAGCAAAUUUGCAGUGUUGGCACAUCUUCAGUAAAUUUAAAGCCAAAUGUAGAUAUGCCAUUAUUUCCUGGACCUCAGUCUCAGUGGACAGAAAGGCUUGAAUUAAUUCAUCCUCUUUCAUACAACAGAAUUCCGAUUUACAGAGUCAUGGACAGAGAAGGUUGUGUCCUGAAUCCUGAUGAACCUCAGUUGGAGAAAGACUUUGUGGAAAAGAUGUAUCGCACAAUGAUUCUACUAAAUACAAUGGACACCAUUUUGUAUGAAUCUCAACGCCAAGGUCGCAUCUCAUUCUACAUGACAUCAUUUGGGGAAGAGGCUACAUUAAUUGGAAGUGCUGGAGCUAUUGCUUCUAAUGAUCUGGUUUAUGCUCAGUAUCGGGAAACAGGGGUGCUGAUGUGGAGAGGCUUUUCAGUGGACCAAUGUAUAAAUCAAUGUUUUGGAAAUUGUGAGGACAAAGGAAAAGGUCGACAAAUGCCUCUUCAUUAUGGGUCCAAGAGUCAUAAUUUUGUCACAAUUUCAUCUCCACUUACUACUCAAUUGCCUCAAGCUGUUGGCUCUGCAUAUGCCUACAAACUUGCAAAGAAUGGCCAGUGUGUGAUAACAUAUUUUGGCGAAGGAGCAGCUAGUGAAGGUGAUGCACAUGCUGCAUUCAAUUUUGCAUCUACUUUGAAGUGCCCAGUGAUAUUCUUUUGCCGUAACAAUGGUUAUGCCAUAUCUACACCAACCCAUGAGCAAUAUGGAGGAGAUGGAAUUGCUGGCCAUGGUCCAAGUUAUGGUAUUACUACUAUUCGAGUGGAUGGAAAUGAUGCUUUGGCUGUGUAUAAUGCUACCAAGGUGUCACGUGAAUAUGUACUUGCAGAAAACCGUCCUGUCCUAAUAGAAGCUAUGACAUACAGACUUGGUCAUCACAGCACGUCAGAUGAUAGUACUGCAUAUAGGUCAGUUGAUGAGGUGAAGCAGAGGGACAGCUUGGAUUCUCCAAUCCUCAGAUUACGACGAUAUUUAGAGAUGAAAGGGUGGUGGAAUGACUCAAAGGAAUGUAGCUGGAAGGAGGAAACAAGGAAAAAUGUGUUGAAGUCAUUGGCAAGAGCAGAAAAAGUUCUUAAACCAGAAUGGAAGGAAAUGUUUCGUGAUGUAUACUAUGACAUGCCAUCCCAGCUCGUGAAGCAAAUGAAGUUCAUGGAAGCUCAUAUUGAACAGUACAGGGACAAGUAUCCAGUGGAUAAAUAUAUGAAUCCUGUCUGACAUCUCUACAUCUUGAAACCAGUACAAGGACAAGAUUGCAGAGUGAAUUUGUUGUGUGGCAUUAAGUAGGAAUAAGAGAGAAGAGAGCAGUAAUUUCAUAUUGGGUGGGUGGGUUUAUUAACUUUAAGUGGUAUGUCUAACUUGUUUCAUAAUAUGUUACAUAUCCAAAUAUGUAUGUAGAAUUUUUAUGUAAAUCAGUGUAGGCUUGACCUUUCCAUUCCAGUUUUACCUUUCGUGGAUGUGGGUAGUCUUUACUGCUAUUUUUUCGUGUCACUGGAAUUCGUUUUGUAUUAAGAUGGCUGCCUUCUGAAUUGUUGCGCAAUGUAGUCUGGUAGAAGUGUACUGAUGUUUCUGAGGUGCUUGCUGCCUCCAACAUCAGGGUAUGAGUGUCCUGAUGAUGGUGGCAGCAAGCAUUUCUGAAAUUUCAGUAGACUCAUACCAGACUACAUGGUGUAGCAACACAGUAAACAGCCAUCUUCAUGCUUCCUGCUAUCAGAACCUGAAAUCUUGCACCUUUGUAUUAUAUGGUCUUCUUUCAGGGUUGAAUUUUCCUUCAUAAUGUUUAUAUACAACCAGAAGACGACAAUAAAAAUAGUUUGUAUUGGUACCCUCAGUAUUUCUUGAUUCAUGUGAAUCCCUAAAACCUUUUCUGCCGCUAUUUGAGUAAUGCUUAUUUCUCUGGUUCACUUGCUGAACAUAUAGUGCCUUCAUUUUUCUUGAUUAGAGGACAUUCCAGUUAUAUUGUGAUAUUUCGUCAUGUUUCUAUUUUACUAUGUUUUUUUUAUUUGUGGUGAUUGAAACUUGAAUGUGCAUCUGUAGAAUAUCAUUAUCUUAUGUUUGUAUGAACUUUAGAGGUAAAACACUAUUUUUGAUACGAUUUACAGAAAUCUUUAGUUUGAAAUAUUUGUAAAUUGUUAUAUUGGUAUGUAUUAAUCUUGUUAAAUGUGAUUUGUAGUAUGAAUGUAUGAAUUUUGCUUCUGGUAUGUUUAAAUUAUCGAAUGAAUGCACGUGAUCAGUGGCACACACUGUGUACAAAUUUUUUAAAUUUUGUACUAAGAAUUAAUUAAAAUAAAACUGAAGUCACUGCAGACA